UGCUGUACACAGCCCGGAAAGAUACAGUGGAGUUAAACCGAUGGUACUUGUAAUAAUGGUUUAUCAUUUUUUAAGUUAAUGCAUUGCAAGUAAAAUUCACUCAUUUAAAUGUAACAGCUCCUAUGAAUAAGCGAGUGAUGCAUACGAGCAUAAUUUUGAUCGUGCUGGGAGUUUGGAUCGUGACAGACCAAUCACCAACAAUUCAAAUCAAACAAUUCGGUGACAGUUCUGUUCAAAUAAAUUGUGAAGGAACAGGAACACAUGCGGUGCUUGUUAAUUCAACAAGGGACAUUAUCGUUGACUUUAACAACCAAAAAGAAUGCAUAAUAAAACCAAACCCGCUUCAAAAUUACUUUCAGUGUGAAUGUCAGGACAAAAAUAUUUUUUCGUGCAAUGUUUCUAUUGAUAAUAGAGCCAACAGAUGUGAAAAAUUCGCUUGUGCAUUCCCAAUUGAAAGCGCUUUAUAUUACAGCCUUUACGUUGACCCUUGUGAAAAAGGCAACCACAAUGAAAAGAAUAAUGGACCAGACUUGAAUUGUGCAUUAACUCCAAAUGACCAUAUUACUGACUGGGCAAUAAAUGGCAAACACUUAAAUAAAAGUAAAAGCAGUAGUUUGCAAAUACGAAAUUAUGAUAAUGAGAACAUCAGCAUUCUUCAAGACUUAUUUGAUAAAAAGGUCGAUGGUUCUGUUGUUGCAUGUAAACUCGUUGAAAAUAAACAAGAAGAUUGGACCAUCAGAAUACUGCACCCUCCUAGAAUCUCAAAUACUUUAAUAAGUGGUAACCCAAGCGUAACAAUAUUUGAAAGAAAUUUGAGUUCAAAUUCAAAUUGCCCAAUAAAAUCAACAACAAACAUGCAUGAACGCACUGUACCACUCUGCGAUGCAGUCAAUCAGAAAGAUACAGGAGCAAUGGACUUUGUUGGCAAUUUAAGCGGUCGAUUCCAGUUGGAGACAUUGUUUCCAGCUCAUGUCGACUGGUUUUAUAUUGACGGCUUUGAAAAUCAAACGAAUAUCACACUUGUCGAUAAAGUGAAUAUAAAGUUGUUCUGCAAUGGGACCGGAAACCCUCCGCCUAAUACGACAUUGAUUCUACAUCUAGAAAGAGUGUUAUCAACAAGUAAUUCAUCACUUCAUUAUGAAUUGCAUCUUAACCAAAUCCGUAACUCUGGAAUAUACGUAUGUGUGUCUUCAAAUGCCCUUGGGGUCGGAAAUAAGUCACUGUUUGUCAAUAUACACAUGUUGCCUUCAAACCCAGAAGAAACUUCAUGGCUGGUUGUCAUUGCCGGUGCUAUUUGCGCAGUCGCAGUUGCGAUCUUUGUACUGUUUGUGGCCAAGAAACACCAAAUUUUCCAAAACUGUAUUCGUCUUCGAUGCAAAUCAGGGUUGACUGACGAAGACAAUCAAUUAAGUGCCACUGGUACAAACUUGGACAGAGAAAGAAUUCACAACGGCGGUAUUGAUGUUGCCAUCGCUGAACGCCAGGCCCCCGUUGACGAAGACCGUGUUUCAUUGUCAGAACAUGCAGCAAUUGCAUUUGGUUAUGAAAAUGAAACAUAUGCCGAGGUUAUCGAUCGGUCUCGAACAGCGGUGAUCACGUAUACUCCUGCAAACGUACGCUCCUAUAGACACGGUUUUAAGCAAAACCCACAGAUGUUACUGGAAAUUGACACCUAUGAGGAUGAUUACAGCGGUGUAACACAGCCUGGAUUAUCUUUUGCAGCGGCUGCAGUGUCUCACAACAAGAUGAAAGAGAUUGAACAUCUUAGAUCAGAAGGUUGCACUUACAGCGUUGUCAAUAAAAAGAAAAGACCAGACGCUUACCCUUACUCUGUUGAUAAAACUACAAAGCCAGAUGGCAUAAUUUACAGCGUUGCCAGGCAAACACAAGGUUCGGAUGACUACACGUACAGCGUUGUCAACAAACCGAAAAAAACAAGGACCAACUGCGCAGUGUUAGAGUAUACUGAUUUAAGAUGAAUGGUUAAGGUUGGUGAGAUGACUGCUCUACCGCCAUAAUAAUUGUAUGUUCAUACUUGUUUCGUAUCAUCUUUUUUCAAUGCAAAGUAUACGUUACAUGCAUAUACCUUUGUUAUUGGCGUGUGUCCAUAUAUGUUUGUAACAGAAACAGAGAGCCUCAUAGAUAAAGUUCCGAAAGUUGUCAGUACAGUGUAGUUCAGAGCACAUACAGAAAGGUAGUCUAUUGCGUAAAUCUGAUUCGCAUAUUUAACAAAUUGCACACUUUUUGUCACUGCUAUGUUUUCAUUUCGUGUUUGUCUCCAUUUUAAUGGGCAUAUGCUAAACAUUAUAAUGAUACAUGAUUAAUUUCAUACGCGCUUGUCUAUUUGGUUGCGGAUUUCAAUCUACGUGAUGUAACCAUUCUACGUUUCAAUGUCUCUCGAAAUUGUUUUGGAUUAAUCUUUGUGUAUUUAUCCAAACUGCCCAAUUCGAAUUCAAGCAACACAUCAAAAUCAUGACUCGUCGUUAGCUGGCCGCUUAACAACGAAAUAAUGUAGCAAUGUAUUAAAUCUUCAGGCAAUCGCUAGAAAAAACAGUUGUCACUGAGAGGAUGCCUUCUGCAGAUUCUAUAUAAUUAUUUCGUAUCAUAAGAAUUUAAAUAGUCUUUAUAUAUAUUGUACAGAUAUUUAAAAUGUGUCUACUGAACACAUUUUUGUCGGUUUCUAAAUAAUAUGUUGAAUUUUGCAUAGAAUAAUUUGCUGUCAAACAAAAUAUGUUUUUGUUUUGAUUGUACUUUUGAUCGUAUGAUGUUAUCUGAAAAAAUUAUAAUAUUUUCAAAUUGUACACAUGACGAAAACGUUCUGUUUGAAUAUGAUUGUUAUAUAUUGUUGUCUAAAUGAUAUCUUCAGCCAGAUGUACAUAAUAACGUCUUACAUAUUAUUUGUAUUUAUGUUUAAUACCAGAAACAACAUAACAAUUACGCUUAUAUGUUAAAAUACUGUACAUUUCCAACAAGUACUACACGCCCUAUUGUGCGUUAUAUUUGCAUAUGUGUUCUCAUUUGCUAUCAACACUUAUUGUACAUACAUAAAUUCAUAAAGGAAUCUUUCAAUAAAGCACUUUACUUCUAAAAGUCUUUACGGAAAAUAUCUAAAUCGGGUUUCUAAUUUGUUUCACAAUGAUGAUUUAUUUUUAUUGGUUAUG